AAACCAACCAGGGGUACCCCCCCUAUACACACACCCCCCCAAAAAUCCGGGAGCCGCCAGCUCGGCAUCCCCCGCUGCGGGCGCGCACGGCGGGAGCCGCCCCGGUGGCAGCGGCAGCGGGAGCAUUCCCGGUUUUCCGUGGAAAAGCCCCGGCGCGGCAAGGCGGAAAGGCAGGCGGGUUCCUGGGGCCGGCGGGAAGUUGACGCAGCUGCCUAAGAAUAGCUCGGGCAGGGGGAGCGCGGAGAGCAGCGGAGGGAGCCCGGGCCGGGCAGGAAAACCGGGAAUUGCGGCGGGAUUCCCGGGAUUCGGCCGGGAGAAGGCGCGGCCAGCGGGGUGGUGCCCCGGUGGUACCGAGUUUGCUCUGUGGUUGCGUUGCAGCUGCUGAUGAAAUCGCAGCCGGGAGCGUCGCAGGCUUUGGACCUUCCCAUGCUCGGGACCUUUGACUCAUAAAAGGAGCAGAAAAAGGCAGAAAGCGUCGGGAGAGAGGAGGAGGAGGAGCGGAGGAAGGAGCAGAGCCCGUCCCGGAGCUGCGGGGGACACGGAAAGUCGCUGCAUGAGGAGUUUUGGGACAAGAUGCUGUCCCUGAAGAAGUACUUCACGGAGGGCCUGAUCCAGUUCACCAUCCUGCUGAGCCUGGUGGGCGUGCGCGUGGACGUGGACACGUACCUGAGCUCGCAGCUGCCGCCGCUGCGGGAGAUCAUCCUGGGCCAGAGCUCGGCCUACACGCAGACGCAGUUCCACCGCCUGCGCGGGCCCUGGGCCGGCCAUGGGCUGCCCCCGAAGAGCGCGGGGCUGGAGGGGCUGGAGGGGCUGCUGGGCGCGCGCCGCCUGCUCAGCCUGGACCGGCUGCGCGUGCCCCGCGCCCGCGUCAGCGCCUGGCUGGUGCACCGCGACCCCGAGGCCGCCGUGCCCGCCGCCGGCCAGCCCGGGGCGGCCGGGCCGCUGCAGGACGGCUCCGGCGGCGACGGCAGCGCCCGGGACCCCGCGGCCGAGCAGGGCUUCGGGGAGGACAUGGAGGAUCUGGGGGCCGUGGCGGCGCCCGGCAGCGCGGAUCUCACCAAGGAGGUGCCCGGAGCGGAGGACCAGACCGCCCUGUCCCUGGAGGAGUGCCUUAGGCUGCUGGAGGCCACCUUCCCCUUCGGGGACAGCUCCGAGUUCCCAGCUGCGGAUGUCUCCGCCCUGAGCGAAGCCGUGCCCGGGCAGAGCCGCGCCCCGGGCGGCGCCCCGAGCCUGCUGUCCCCUCUGCUGGCCGAGACCGAGUCGCCCUUCGACCUGGAGCAGCAGUGGCAGGACCUGAUGUCCAUCAUGGAGAUGCAGGCCAUGGAGGUGAACAGCACGAGCGCCGAGAGCCUCUACGGCGGCAGCAGCGGUGGGGACCUGCUGGCGUCCAACUACAGCCUGGCCCCCGGCACGCCCAUCAACCAGAACGUCAGCCUGCAUCAGGCCUCGCUGGGCAGCUGCUCCCAGGACUUCUCCCUCUUCAGCUCGGACAUGGAGAGCCCCUCCAUGGCGGGCGGCUCGGCCCUGCUGCAGCUGGCGCCCGACAACUCCACCGGCCUCAACGGCACCUUCGGCUCCACCAACCUGAGCGGGAUCUUCUUCCCGCCGCAGAUGAACGGCACGGCCAACGAGACGGCCGGGCCCGAGCUGCCCGACCCCCUGGGGGGGCUGCUGGACGAGGCCAUGCUGGAUGAGAUCAGCCUGAUGGACCUGGCCAUCGAGGAGGGCUUCAACCCCGUGCAGGCCUCGCAGCUGGAAGAGGAGUUCGAUUCCGACUCAGGUCUUUCCCUGGAUUCCGGCCACAGCCCCGCGUCCCUCAGCAGCUCCGAAGCUUCGUCCUCGUCGUCCUCUUCCUCUUCGUCCUCGUCCUCCUCCUCGUUUUCCGAGGAAGGCGCCGUGGGCUACAGCUCGGACUCGGAGAACGUGGACUUGGAGGAGGCGGAAGGGGCGGUUGGCUACCAGCCAGAGUACAGCAAGUUCUGCCGCAUGAGCUACCAGGACCCGGCGCAGCUGCACUACCUGCCUUACCUGGAGCACGUGGGCCACAACCACACCUACAACAUGGCCCCGGGCGCGCUGGACCCCGAGGAGCCCAAAGCGCCCGGCGCCGGCAAGAAGAGCGGCAAGGAGAAACCGUCGGAGCUGCUGGACAAGCAGCUGAGCCGCGACGAGCACCGCGCCAGGGCCAUGAAGAUCCCCUUCACCAACGACAAGAUCAUCAACCUGCCCGUGGAGGAGUUCAACGAGCUGCUGUCCAAGUACCAGCUGAGCGAGGCGCAGCUCAGCCUCAUCCGCGACAUCCGCCGGCGCGGCAAGAACAAGAUGGCGGCGCAGAACUGCCGCAAGAGGAAGCUGGACACCAUCCUCAACCUGGAGCGCGACGUGGAGGAGCUGCAGCGCGACAAGUCCAAACUGCUCAGGGAGAAGGUGGAGUUCCUCAAGUCCAUCCGGCAGAUGAAGCAGAAGGUGCAGAGCCUGUACCAGGAGGUGUUCGGGCGGCUGCGGGACGAGCAGGGCCGGCCCUACUCGCCCAGCCGCUACGCGCUGCAGUACGGCAGCGACGGCAGCGUGCUGCUGAUCCCGCGCGCGCCCGCCGAGCCGCAGCCGCGCCGCCCCGAGCGCAAGCAGAAGGACCGCAGGAAGUGACGGCGGCGGAAGGGAGAGCUGGGACACGAGGGCCGAGCCUGGAGGUGCUUGCGGAGGGAACUUUGAUGCCUUCUUAUCGAUUCUGUCUUCUCCACGCGCACGCGGCGCGCCGGGGACUCUGCGGGAGCGGCCGGCCCGGGAUGACGGGGAGGGGGACGGAGCCCACCCGCCCCAAGCCCAGCUGCCACCGGGGUGCUGGGAGAGCAGGGACGAGCUUGGCAUCGCUGCUGGGGAGGUUGACACACAGGUGGAUAAAAACGUUAAAAAAAAAAAACAAAAAAAAAAACCACAAAAAAAAAAAAUCGACAAAAAAAAUUCCCCACAAGAAAAAAAAAAACAAAAAACAAAACUACUGUUAGGAACUGGCUUUAAGUAAGAGAAAAAAAAACAAAAAAUAAGAAAAAAAAAGAGAUUUAAGCGAAUGGACUUCAAACCAAGCUAUAGGAGAGACGUUUUUCUGAACUUCCAAAGUUCUGUGAUUUCAGGUAGUUGGUUGUUUUUAAUUUUUUUUUUUUUUUUUUUUGUUCUUUUUGGGUUUUUUUUUCCCCUUUUUUCCUUUUAUCCCGACCCCGUUUUUUUUUUUUUGCCAUCGGUGUGUGUGAGAUAUUCCAGAUUUCUCCUUCCUCGAUGGAGAUCAGACCAGGGCACACGUGGAGAGACACAAAAAAAGCAAAAAAAGCGGCGUGGCUUCCAUUAACCCUUUCCAUCCCGAGCAGAGCAGAGCCAGGCGGGACUCCCAUUAACCCUUUCCAGCCCGGGGAAAGGACAAGGAGGGGGGAUCUGCAGAGCUUUGGGAUGGGGAAAGGGAGGGAGGAGCAGCAGGAUCCUUCCCCAGCGCUCAGCCCCCGCCUGCCUCUCCUGGGAAGGGGUUUUGGGUCAGGAACAGCACAAGGGGAGCGCUGGGACCCCGAUGCCAACCGGGGCUGUCCCCUCGAGCGUUACACAGCUGCAGCUCCCUGUAACCACGCUUUUUUGGGGUUUUUUUGGGGGUUCCAGCCUUGAUUUGUUUUUUUUUUUUUCCCUCCUCCCUUUUAGGGUCUAGAAGUUGCUUGUGUUGAGUAAAAAACAAACAAAAAAACCUAAAAAAAAAUUACAAAAAGUAAAAAAAAAAAGCCAAAAAAAUUAAAAAAAAAGGGAGAAGCCCAAACGUUGAAAGCUGCUCAAUGUUCUCUUUGCCAUAAAGAUUCCGUGUAACCGUGUGAUGACAUUAUAGGAUUCUCUUCUGUCCCUAGAGGUGUUGGUCUGACUUCCUUUGUUUUUCAGGAGGGGGGUGGGGGUAGUGCCUUGAUCACUGUCAGGUCUCCACACCUCGGAGACCGUCCUAGAGCUGUAUUUCCAUAUAGCACAGCUGGGAGCGUUCUGACUUUACCAGCAACCAGAGAAAACAAAACAAAACACACAAAAAAAAACCAAAAUAGAAAUUAAAAAAAAAAUAGAAAUAAUAAAUUAAAAAAAAAAAAGCUUAAAAAAAUGAAUAAAACGAAAUAACGGCUUUUCCGAGCCGGUCCUGUGCACGGGAUCCGAGCAGGCUCCAGGGUGGUCCUUGCACCUGGAGAAGCAGCAGGGAAGGCCCGCUGGCACGAUGCGUGUGGGUUCGUGGGAAUGUUUUCCAGGUUUUUUCGGGAAUGCUUGGAGCUGGGAUUGGCCGGUGGGAGCCUCGAGCCCCUCCGGUCCCCAGGAAUGAAGCACAAGUUGGGAUGUGGGGAGGUUGGAAGGGAGAGAGAGCCCUGUGCGUGUGCUUUAAAUUAUUUCUUUUUUGUUUCCUCUUAGAAACUCUUUUUUUUUUUGAUUUGAAUGAUCUGUGACCUGUCAGGGAGAGAAGAGAGAUUGUUGUGAGCACAGGACAAAAAAAAAAAAUUAAAAAAAAAAAAAUAAAAACGGCUUAUUCACUGUA